AUGCCAGGCUACCGACAGCCCCAUGCGACGCUGAAUGGCGAUGCGAAUCCCAUCGUGCAGAGCGCCGCCCGGAUACGACGAGCACACCCCUCGCCGCUGCCAUCACCGCCGGGGACACCGGAUUCGUGCGAGAUCUUCUUUACAAGCGAGCACGAGGAAGGAUCGGGGUCACCGGCCACGUACUAUAGCUUCCCGACCUCGUCCGCGAGCGGGAGGAGCCCCUCGAUGGCGCGCUCGGUGUCGCCCCGCCCCUCCUACUUUGCGCUGUCCGAACCCAAGGGCGCGCCACCGCCAUACUCGGCAUCGGCUCAUCCUUUCAAGAGCGCUGGCCGAGGCAGCACGCUCUCCCCCCAGCUCAAGGAUAUCGCUGGAUCGAACCUGAAGUGGAGGACAUCCGGUCAGCAGGACCCCGACUCGAAGAAGCGCCGGCCACCGACCACGGCCUGGUUCGACAACGCGAAUGCCCUCAAGCUGGUCAUGAUCGUGCUGCUUCUCGCCUGCGCGUACCUCACCAUGAUCCCUCGUGGAAGAGGUGCCGAGCUGAGAAGUAGGAUGAGUCCAACCAAACUUGCGAAUGCUCCGGUGUUCGCACCCCUUAUGAGUGUAAGCCGGCUUUCAACCUUCGAGCUUGGCUUCGGACUCCGAAAGGGACCUACGGAGUGCCCGCCGCCACCGAGCUGACUCGCGCUUCGUACCUUCGCUACGCCCGAACAGAUCGCCGCAACAAUGAAGAAACAAACUUCCUUCCGGGACCAGCUCCGACCAGGGUCCCAACACUUGAUCAGCCCGAAUGAAGGAGAACUGGGUCAGUGCGCACUAUUGACGUCAUUGCCCGGCGAGACCAUUGUCCCACCGAACUGACACCCCCACCUCGCACCACAUACCGCACUUUGUUUUUUUCUACAGCACUCCAAGUCAUCGACUUAUACCAUCUCGCGCAUCUCGCGAUAACCUCUUCACGCUCUGUCAUCGUCACCCCUUUCAGCCUCCCGGUUGGGACCUCGGUUGGGCCGUCGACCGUCCCCUUCUCGAGCAUCUUCGAUCUGCAGCGCUUCAAGCAACUUACGAACGUUGAGGUCAUCGACUAUGACGAGAUCCGGCCCCACGGUGCGGACUCGGUCGAGUCUCUAGGGUGCUGGGUCGCCCCGUCCAUUCUCGCCGACGUGAGCUCCAGGGCAAGGUCGAUGAUGGACAAUGGCCUGGCUGCGUCCUUCUUUCCGAUCCACUCGAUGGGCCACGUGUUGAACUCGGCCGGUGAGGGAGACUCGAUUCCGAGUAAGUCCAACCGGGAGGCGAAGACUCUUGUCCAGUAAUCAAUUUUCAGUGGCUAAUCGUCAUAUCCUGUUGCUUCUCGAAUCGCCUCAGGGAUUCACGAUUUCCUCAACAAGUUUGUCAACGACAUCCCCGCUCAGACCGGCUUGUCGCAACAGGCCAUCUUCUCCCAACAAGCCCAGACGGUCAUGGGACACAAGCAUAUGGUUCCCGAUGCACAAGUCAUGUGCAUCGACCCUUCUUUAUACCGACCCGAUCACCCCUCGACGACGAUCACGAGCGAUGUGAUCGAGGCAAAGGAUUACACGGCCUUCUUCUCGCACGGACGUCACCUCUACUUUGCUGCCGAGCUACAAGAAACCGCGAUGGAUAUCGCUUCUUUCGUUCUUGGGCACCGCGGCCCUUACAUCUCUGUUCACAUUUCCGCAGCUGCACAAAAGGCACGUUGCGAGCUCGAACAGAAGCCGGAGGAAUGCGAGCCGAGCAUCGCGAAGUACGUUGAAGGCGUCGAGGAGGUGCGCAACCUCGCCAUGGCCGGCUACAAGUCGGGUAAGAACCGAGAGCAUCGCCAUAGCACCAAGUCGCUCUCGGUCCUUGUCUCGACCGACAUCUCCGACCUCGGCUUUCGCGGCGAGUUGGCCUCGCUCGGAUGGACCUUGCUCGAGUACGAGGAUCUCGAGCUCGUUCAACGCUUCGGAGCGUGGUCGCCCGAGAUCAUGGACGGUGUCAUUCACAGCUCGGCAAAAGGUUUCGUCGGCACCAAAGGAAGUCCCAAGAGUAUCGUCGGAGCGUUGAGGACACAGGCCUGGCGCCAAGGUCCGACGCGAUUCGUUUCGUAA